AAAAAAAAAUGUCGGCUAAGUUUUCAGAUUUCAGAUUUCAGCUCGGCCCCCUCUCGUCUUCUUCUCUCAGAGCUUCUAUCAGAGCUGGGUGGAACAAUGUACUCUGGGGGCUAUACUGCUGAAGUUACAAGUUUGUCACCUAAAGCCACAGAGAAUGAUGUUUAUGAUUUUUUCUCCCAUUGUGGCGCGGUGGAUCAUGUAGAAAUCCUCAGGUCGGGUGAUUAUGCGUGUACUGCUUAUGUGACUUUCCGUGAUGCUUUUGCUCUGGAAACUGCUAUAUUGCUUAGUGGGGCUGAAAUCUUAGAUCAAUGUGUGUUCAUAGGCCGGUGGGGAACAUACACAGAUGAAUCAUACAACUGGAACAACCCUUCACAAAUGACCGACGACAAUACGAGCCCAAUGGUUGCAGAAAUCAUGCAUUCUGCAUACACACCAGGGGAGGCUGUAACCGUGGCUCAACAAGUUGUCAAAACAAUGCUAUCAAAGGGAUAUGUUUUAACCAAAGAUGCACUUGUAAAGGCUAAAGCUUUUGAUGAUUCUUGUCAAGUCUCAGCUUCUGCAGCAGCCAAAGUUUCUGAGCUUAGCAACAGAAUUGGACUCACUGAUGCAAUUCAUACCGGCAUGGAAACUGUUAAAUACAUCGAUGAGAAGUAUCACGUUUCCGAUAUCACCCGAUCAACUGCAAUGGUUACUGGCACGGCGGCCGUGGUGGCAAUGGGGGUGGCCGGGAAAGCGGCGAUGGCUGCAGGUACGGCUGUAGUAAACAGCAGUUACUUUUCAAAGGGCGCGCUUUGGGUUUCGGAUAUGUUGAGCCGUGCUUCUAAGGCUGCAGCUGAAGUAGGUACGAGGAACAGUAAAGGAAUAACAAAACUUUGAAUCAAAACAACUGAAAUACAUAAAUAUACUCAUGUUUUUUUCUUCUUGUCUGUCACUCAAAUUCAGACUCUUGAUGUGCAGCUUGGUAUGAUUAUAAGUAAUCAUUCCCAUGGUCUGUAAUCUCGCUCGGGUAAAUAUGGUUGAUACAUUGUGAAACAUUUGAACGAUUUGUUCUAUGUUGGUCAUCGUGUUAAAUUGCAAAUAAGAUCAUUCAACUUUCGAUUCUAA